CGCCUCGUUUGCCUUCCAUCCCCCUCCUCCGUCAUCCGGAUAUCGACCGCUCGCUUGCUCGCCAGCAGCGCCCUGGUCUCUCUGACCCAAACCCGCCUCCCGCUUAUCUCGCCCAUCCGUGGGCCCCCGUUCCAUCCGCCGCCCUGUCCUCCAACAUGAAGAGAAUCACCCGGUCGCUCUCGGAAGCCUCCCGGAACGUGAGCGACAACGCCAAAACCCUGUGGGAGAAGCUGCAGGGCCGGCGCUCGUCCAUCAACCUCAAGUCCAAGCUGGCCAACUUCCAGUCGCAUGUCUUUUGUCAGGGCUCGGGGGCCUUCAUGUCGCCCUCCAAGGAGGACCGCAUUGUCAACAUCGAGGACCUGGAGACCUUUGUCCGAGAGCACUACGACGAGUACGACCUCACCCAGUUCGGCGACCGCUCCAAACCCAGUCCUCCUUCGGACCAUCCCUUCAUCAUCCCGCCGCUGGCCAAGGAGGACGAGCUGGACCUCAAGCCCUUCAACACCCACAUUGCCUUCGACCCCACUUUCUCCCAGAGGGCCAACGCACAGCAGUCGGCCGCCAGCACCUUGGCCGACGCCGAGUCCAUCCGCCCUCCGUCGACCGCGGCGUCGGUCAGCUCGCGAUUCAGCUUCCUGCGGGGCGCCGGCUCCAAGCACUCGAUCUUCAUGACUCGCAACAAGUCCAGCGCCUCGUCCAUCCGCACCAUGGGCGAUCUCGACCUCUCCCAUUCCCCAUCGGAUUCAACCUACUUCCAACCGCCGGAGCUGGACAAGUUCAAACUCUACUGUGUGUUCGACGGCCACUGUGGUAAAACGGCGUCCUCCUUCCUGCAGUACCGAUUCCCCUUUGAGCUCUGUGGCAACGAGAGCUUCAAGAAGGGCGAUUAUCAGCGAGCUUUGAUCGAGACCUACCACAGCGUCCAUCGUGAGCUGCUGCUCUGUGAUAAAUACGAGCCCGAGCCCCCAUCGAACGACUUUGCUUCGGGCGCAACCGCCUCGGUCGUUCUGUUCACCCCGACCUACACCUAUUUUGCCAUGCUUGGCGACUCGCCCAUCCUGACCUGGAAGCGCCAUGAGGAUCGUCCGGACAUUCUCUUCAAGGAGCACGAUGCCGAGAACCCUCAGAUCCACGACUAUCUGAUUCGGAGCAACAUCUUCUUUGUCUUGGUGAAGGACAACCCAGAAGCCAACAUUUACUACUUGGUCACCCGGCCCGAGAUCAAGGAGCAGUGUCUCCGAACCGUUGCCCAGCGGGCCAACGACAGCAACAUUGUAUAUGUCCAUCCCACAGCCAACCAACCCAUCCCUGAGCAGAGCGAAGACGCAAAUACCCACUCGACACACCAUGAAACUAGCGGAACCAUCGAGCUCGAGUCUGAGGUCGAGAGUCGCCGCCUCAGUCUGUCGGCUCCCCAAGCCGCCGUUUCCGUCCCGGAUGCGUCGUCUUCCAACGAGACGCCGCUGUCAUCAUCGCCUCAGUCGCUUCCGACUAUUCUCGAACAGGAGGUGCCUCCCCAAGCUCCGGCUUCAGCUCCAGCCCCGGCUCCAGCUCCAGCUCCGGCUUCGCUCCCAAUCCCUGCCGAUGCUACCGCACCCGCUCAGGCCCCGGCUUCUUCGUCGGUGCAGACUCACGCCCCCGUUCCUCACCCUGUCCCGGCUCCAUCGACCUCGGCCACAACAAAGCCCUCGCCUCUGUCGGCGUCGUUUUCGCCCGAUGCCAAUGGUGAAGUCGUCGAGUCGGACGAGUCCAAGAGUGAGCUUUUGAUGGAAGACGAGCCUCAGCCACAGAACCAGCGUGUGGACCCGCCAUUAGAAUUUGACGACAUUCGUCUGGGCAUGUCUGCAUUGAAUGUGUUCGGAACGCUGGGUGACUCCAUGUAUGACGCAGAGGUCUACAACGCCUUCAUUGACGAGCUGAUUGCCUUCCGGGAGGAACUCAACCGCCGCUACCUCUUGAGAAUGGCCUAUCUCCAGGAGAGAGAGUUGCGCCGCAGCAAACAGCGCAGGAUCUCUGAAAGCCAGAACCCUUCGUUCAACACCGAGGACGACCGCGACAUCACGUUCCGCCGCAACAGCUCUGAAAACGCUGCCCAACCCACCAUUGAUCGCAUCCGCCGCCAGUCGGGCUAUUCGCUCAAGUCACAGGGCAGCCCCACGCAGGAAUCCUCAGAUGCCGUUGCAAUGGACCCCAACGCGAGCAACUUCAGCUACAGCAACAGCAGCUGCGUGUCGAACGGCAACAAGGAGGAGGCCAAGUACUGGUUCGAGAGCAUCGAGAACCUCGAGGAGCUGCACCACGUCAACGUCGAGGACUUUACCUAUGAUGAGUUGAGGGGAUUUAUCCGCGGCCGACCGAACUGGAAGUUCCUGUGCAAGCACGUGUCCCUUCUCCAGAGCAAGGAAUCGGUGUCUCAGAUUCUGCUGGCAUCCAUCCGCAGCCUGGGAGCCAGCAACAAGAUGAACGGCGUUGCCGGUCUCCUGCGGACCCCGGAAACGACCCGCAUUCCCACGGCCCAUCUCAAGAUGGUGGUCCUGGCCUCCGAUGGCGUCAUCCGCUACUACUCCAAGUGCAAGGAUGACUUCCAGUCGAUCAUCAUCCGCAACCAGGAGAGCGCCGCCAAGGUCGUCGAUGAACUGAAGGAAUACAUGAAGUGGCUGCGCGAUGAUCGAUCGGUGAUUGCCUGCAGACUGCCUGACCCAGUCCUGGUGCGAAGGAGAAGGACCGAGAGCCCCGUGCCGAGCCCGGCCCCAGCACCAGGCAGCCUUGGCGAGAAUGCCAACCACGCGUCAAUAGUCACCAACUAAUUCGAGCCGCGGACUCGAUCAGCAACAGAGGACUCUGGCCGUGACCCUCGCAGUUACAGCAGCCUCCAUCAUUCUUUCCCUCGCCCUCCCUCCGCUCGCUUUCUUUGCGCUCU